UUUCUGAUCAGGUCUUACUCUAUACACUCUCCAACAUUCUUCCCAUUCUCCAGUAUAUCUAUUGCCAGGACUCGCCCUUAAGGAAUGGCGUCGAGCUCAAUGUCAUCCACUGGUUCAUGGAGUGCCCAGGAGAACAAAGCCUUCGAAAGGGCUCUUGCAGUUUAUGACAAGGACACUCCUGAUCGUUGGUACAAUGUUGCCAGGGCUGUCGGUGGAAAAUCACCAGAAGAGGUGAAGAGGCACUAUGAGAUGCUGGUCCGGGACAUUCAGCAUAUAGAAUCUGGGAGAGUGCCCUUCCCCAAUUACAAGAAAAGUGUGGGCUUUGAUGACCAAAAAAGGCUGAAAAACCUGCAGCUCCGGUGAACCAUCAGUGACAAUGAAGAUUCUGAUUGUCUCGUAAUUGCAUAUUAUAGCACUUGGUGUUAUGUGGCAUAAUAUAUAUAUAUAUAUAUAUAUAAGACUUUAAGUCAUGAGAAUUAAUUAUAGCUCAUGAUCUAUUUGUACUUUAAUCGAUGUCGUUGAAGCUGCCAAGAAGAAUCAACGGCUAUAUAUGCUUUCUAAGUUUCUGUUUGGCGUCAUUAAUAAAGCUACCAGAGUUCAUGGUA